UUUUGCUUUCAUUUAUGCGUAAAUCGUUCAAAUGAGUACCUUCUUUACAUGCCAGUUCUUAUAAUCUUAAACAUUUGUGUUAAACGUUCAACUGAUUCAAGAUUUUAUAUACAACAAUAGAAACAAAUGAUUAUUUGCAAUAUUAUUCCGUUUAUUAUAUAAACCUUCAUUCCGCACAGUUAUUGUGUUGUAUUUUUUUGUUUUGUUUUUUUGGCCCGGGUUGAACCUGUGUUUAGGUGGUUUAAUAAUGAGGAAGUUACCCAAGUUAUAUAUAACCACUCUCACUUGUCUUUAUGGUUUAGAGUUCUCAUGGUCAAAGGGGGAAAAAAACACAAAUAGGUAACAAUUGCUCAGAAUUUGAUCUUCAGAGUCUCAGCUCGCAGUGUGAAAGACGUAGAGGGAUCGUCAGGCUGUGAUGACAGAGCCCAAGAAGAAGAUGGCAGGAAGGAUCGUCAUCCUUAAAAUAGCCAUCCUUCUGCUUUUCUGUCCAUCUGUGUGCGGGGAAACCGAAUGGUACCCCAAAAGUCUGCAAUGUGACGUGUCCAGAAUUAGCAACGACACCGAAGUGAAAGUGGACUGCACCAGCAGGGAAUUAACAUCCAUUCCUCCGGGGAUUCCCUCCAACACCACCAACCUGACGCUUACCAUCAACCACAUCCCUCACAUCAACAGCACGUCGUUCCUCGGCCUGAGCAACAUCACAGAGAUCGACAUACGCUGCAACUGUGUGCCCAUUAAGGUCGGCCCGAAAGACCACAUAUGCACAAAAAGCAUGCAAGUUGAUAACGGAAGCUUCUGGCAACUAAAGACUCUCAAGUCACUUUAUCUGGAUGGAAAUCAGCUCUCCAGCAUCCCGAAAGGACUGCCUCCGAACAUAGUGCUCCUCAGCCUCGAGGUGAACAGCAUUUCUUCCAUUUUGAAGGAAAACCUCACUGACCUUGUCAACAUCGAGACUCUGUACCUCGGCCAGAACUGUUACUUCCGAAACCCAUGCAAUAGAUCCUAUUACGUUGAGGACGAUGCGUUUCUGCAGCUCGACAAACUGACUUUGUUGUCGAUCAAAUCCAACAAUUUGUCUUUCGUGCCUCGCAGAUUGCCGUCGAGUCUAAAGGAGCUCUACUUAUACAACAACAACAUACAGAAAGUAGCAGCGGAGGAUUUUCACAACCUGACCAAGUUAGAAAUCCUGGAUUUGAGUGGGAACUGUCCCCGCUGUUAUAACGCGCCUUUCCCAUGCGUCCCCUGCGCUAACGGCGCUCCCAUUCAGAUUCCUGAAGAUGCCUUCCUCAAUUUGGUUGAACUUAAAAUCCUGCGGCUUCACAGCAACUCUCUCACGACUGUGCAGCCUCGAUGGUUUAAAGGCUGCAAGAAACUUCAAGUGCUAGACCUCUCAAGCAACUUUUUAGCAAAAGACAUAACACACACCUCCUUUCCUCGUUCACUGCCUUCCCUAGAGGAACUAGAUCUCUCUUUCAAUUAUGAGCUCCAGAGAUAUCCUUCAUCACUAAACCUCUCUCCGUUUUUCUCCUCACUGAAGUCCCUCAGGAUCCUGAGGAUCAGAGGCUUUGUGUUCCAAGAACUCAAAGAGAAAGAUAUCCACCCUCUAACUUCUUUGAAGUAUCUUGAAAUGAUUGAUCUCGGGACGAACUUCAUCAAGUUGACAAAUCUGAGCAUCCUCACAGGGCUGAAAAGUUUCCACAUCAUCAAUUUAUCGGACAAUAAGAUUUCAUCACCUUCGGAGGCCGAGCAUGCAGCUGCCCUGACGAUGACACGUGGCUUUCUCAAGCAAGACGACACUUCCCCAAUGUCACGAGGUUCUCAGUACCGAAGUGAAGAAGUGAGAGAGAUUCACUAUUUCAGAUAUGAUGAAUAUGCACGAAGCUGCAAAAGUAAAGAUAAAGAGCUAGGGACUUUGAGUCCUUUCAACACGCAGUGCAGCUCGUUUGGAAAAACGCUGGAUCUCAGCAGGAACAACAUUUUUUUUUUACAUUCAAGAUUCCUAAAUCUGCAUGAGCUCCGGUGUCUCAAUCUGUCAGGAAAUGCAAUGAGCCAAGCUUUAAAUGGAUCUGAAUUUGUUCAUCUUAAAAAUCUACAAUACCUGGACUUCUCUCACAAUCGCCUCGAUUUGAUGUUUGACUCGGCGUUUAAUGAGCUGAGCAAUCUGGUUGUGCUGGACAUCAGUUACAACAAUCAUUAUUUCGAAGCAGAGGGUUUGACCCAUAUGCUAAAUUUUACUAAAAAUCUCAGCAAGUUGACCAAGUUAAUAAUGAACCACAAUCAAAUAUCCACAUCCACCAACACAGAGAUGCAGAGUAACUCACUGGAAUAUUUGGAAUUUAAAGGCAACCGCCUCGAUCUGUUAUGGAGAGAUGGUGAUACAAGAUAUCACAACUACUUUAAAAAACUAACAGCCUUAAAAUCCCUCGAUAUUUCUCACAACAACCUGAACUUUAUUCCUAAACAGAUUUUUCAAAACCUUCCGCUAACACUCACAGAAUUCAACAUUACAAACAACAAGUUGAAAUCCUUCUCCUGGGAUGGUCUUAGGUUCUUGAAGAACCUGGAGGUUUUAGACCUCAGCGGGAACCACUUCACGAGCGUUCCUGCGAAGCUCUCCAACUGUUCGAAAUCUAUUGUGACACUGGUUUUGCGCAAGAAUCAGAUCGUGAGGCUGAGCCCAGAGUUCCUCCAGGGUGCGUUUAGCCUGAAAAAGUUGGAUCUGAGUUAUAACCAAAUCAAGUAUAUUGAAGAGUCGAGCUUUCCAGAAGAUGUCAUAGACAAGCUAGAGGUCCUGUUUUUAAACAACAACCGGUUUGUGUGCUCCUGUAACGCCACGUGGUUUGUCCGAUGGAUCAAUCGCACUUCUGUGAACAUUCCUCAACUGGCCACUGGAGUCACCUGUGCUUCCCCUGGCACUCAGCAUGGCCAGAGUGUUAUCUCUCUCAACCUCCAGGCCUGCCAGCAUAACUCUCUGUCCAUCAUUCUCAGUAUCCUGAGCACGUCCAUGAUCCUGAGUGUCCUCACCUUGUCCAUUUCCAGCCAUCUCUUUCUCUGGGAUGUGUGGUACAUCUACCACUUCUGCCUCGCCAAAAUCAAGGGCUACCGUCGCCUUCUCUCUGAAAGCACAGCCUACGACGCCUUCAUAGUCUAUGAUAAAACCGACACGGCGGUCAGUGACUGGGUGCUGCAGGAGCUCCGUGUACAACUGGAAGAACACGGUGAACCGAGGCUUCAUCUUUGCCUGGAAGAUCGUGACUGGCUUCCGGGUUGUCCCCUCAUCGAGAACCUUUCUCAAAGCAUUCAGCUUAGCAAACGUACUAUAUUUAUCCUGACCACUCACUUCAUCCGGAGUGGCCACUUCAAGACCGCGUUCUACCUGGCACACCAACGCCUCAUGGAUGAGAAGGACGACGUCAUUGUUCUGAUUUUCCUGGAAAGAUUUUCCUCUACGUACUCCAAGUACCUGAGACUCAGGAAGAGGCUUUACAAACGAUCCGUGCUGGAAUGGCCGAGGAAUCCUAAAACGCAGCAGUAUUUCUGGUUUUGUCUCAGGAGCCUCAUGGCCACUGAAAGCCAAAAGCACUACAACAAGCUCUUCCAGGAAACGCUGUAGCAGAUUUUUACUUCCAUGCAGUGUGUUAGGUUUUGUGUUUCUUUUAUGGGUCACCAAAUGUUUUUUUACUUGAUGUUACCUUUAAUGUGAUAGAAGGAAGUUCCUGUUACCACUGAUGCCACAACGAAUACAAAACUUUCGUUUCCUCAGCAGUUGCUCUUUUUUUUCUUCAGGUUUUAGAGAUUUAACUCUAACCAGGUACUGACACUGGAGACUCCUUCCAUAAUAUGCUAAAUAUCAAAAAUGAAACAUGAUGAGUUGCUAAUCGACAUCUUUUGAGCAAUCGCAGAAUAAGUGCUCAAUAGUACAAAAAUGGUUUCAAUUAUAUGUUUUGUACUUUUUUUUGUCUUUACACUUUAGUUGUGUUUU